AUUGUGUAGUAACCGAGAUAGAUGUUAUUAACUAUAUUAUGCACUUUGGUCUUAAUGACAGUUACAACAGCGAAAAUUCCGAACGCAACAGAAAUACAAGAUAUACUCAAGGCUCAUAAUGACUAUAGAUCUACUGUAAAACCCCCGUCAAGCGCUAUGUAUAAAUUGAUAUGGAAUAAUGAGGGAGCUUUGAAGGCACAAGCAUUGACUCAAAAAUGUGUUUUCAGUCAUGACACCAAUAAAGAUAGAGCUACCUCUAAAUAUAAAUCCGGAGGACAAAACUUAUACGCGACAACAGGAACUUCUAAUUGGAAGAAUGCUGUUAAAACAUGGUAUAAUGAAGUCAGCAGCUUUACCUUCGGUGUAGAUAAAGGGAAUUUUGCAUCGGUUGGUCAUUAUACACAAGUUGUAUGGGGCACUACAAAAGAAGUUGGAUGUGGAAUGACAGAAUGUUCUGGACAAAAAAUAUUUGCCUGUAAUUAUUAUCCUAGCGGUAAUUUGCCUCCAUAUUAUGCACCUUAUGAAAAAUCAGCUGUUCAAUCAUGCAAGGGUUGCAUAAAGGGUGGUGUGUGUUCAAGUGGUGUGUAUGCUGGGAAAUUACUAGAUUCAUGCGAUCUAUUUUGUGUAAACGCUUAUAGCAAUUGCGAUGAUUUAGCAAAACAAGGUGCUUGUUCAAGUUUCAAAGACAAAUGUGCCAAAUCCUGUUUACCAGAGUGCAAGUCAUAGAGAAAGAAUAAUUAAAGCAAUUCUUUUUAUGAUUAUUGAAUAUUAUUAGUUUCUAUGAGUAAUUAUCUAUACAUAAAAGUCAAAAGGAUAAAAUGUAUUGUUAUAUAUUUAUUUAUAUUUUCACUCUUUGCCAUUUUAGAUUGUUUUUUUAUGA